AUGCUAUCGAAAAUGGCCUUUCUGAGCUUAGUCCAAGCCAUUGGCUCUCACGCCAAUACCAUACCCUCCGUAACCUCUGGUUGUAGCGACGCUUGUGCAGAACUAGAGCAUCUUGUUGGUUCACAGAGGUUUCACCCUGCUGGUAACGACCCCCAAUUUCAGAUCUGGGAUGGCAAACAAGCAGAGGUGGUUUCUGCCUGUCGAGUCGAACCGCAAGACACCUCCGAGGUCGUUAAAACUCUAGAGAUUCUGACCAAGCACUGGUGCACAUUUGCAAUCAAGGGUGGUUGCCAUUCCAGAGCUUUAGACGCCAGCAAAAGCAGUGGUGGUGUUACGAUUGACAUGAAUCGUUUCAACCAGGCUGUUCCUGAACCUGACAGACAAAGUGCCUGGCUAGGAAGCGGUCUUACACUCUUCAAAGCUUUCGGCCAGCUUGAAGCGUUUGGAUUGACAUUCAUUGGCGGAAGAGUCGAUACAGUUGGCGUCGCUGGCUUCACCAUGGGCGGCGGCUUCUCCAACCUGACGCCUAAGCACGGCCUAGCUGCCGAUAACGUCUUCGAAUACGAGCUUGUCUUGCCAAAUGCAACAGUCUUCAAUGUAACCCAUGACUCCAACCCCGACCUGUACUAUGCACUGCGUGGUGGUGCCAACAACUUUGGCAUCAUCACUCGCUUCCGUGCGCGCGUUUUCAACGGCACUAACAAUUGCUGGGGUUCAAGUCUUUUGAUUCAAAGUAUACUUCCAAUGUUCUUGCCCAAACGCAUCGGUUCACUAUCGAUCUCGCAUCCGACACGGACUUGUCGCAUUGGACUCGCUUUCUAUAUAAUCGGGAGCGCGACGCCUUUGAACCGGCAGUCUACUUGUCGUAUCUCAAGCCUGAAGAAGAGCCCCCUGUUUUCGAUGGGCUUAACAAAAUUCCACAAAUCGAAAGCAAAUUCACUAUUGACUAUCCCAGCGUUCAAGUCUCCGCUCCAACGCAAGAGAAGUUCGGACAACGUCAUUUAUUUACUACGUUGA